GCGAGCGAGAGCGCGGAGACGGAGAGGCGCCUCUCCCCACACCAUGGGGCUGAGAGAGGAGCUGCUGAAGGCUAUCUGGCACGCCUUCUCCGCCCUGGACGUCGAUAAAUGUGGCAAAGUGUCCAAGUCUCAGCUGAAGGUUCUCUCGCACAGCCUUUGUACAGUAUUGCAAGUCCCUCAUAAUCCAGUGGCUUUGGAGAAUCACUUUAAGGAUGAUGAUGAAGGUCCAGUUUCUAACCAGGGAUACAUGCCCUAUUUGAACAAAUUUAUCUUGGACAAGGUACAACCGAACACCUUCAGUAAGUGUGAAUUUAAUAGGAUGUGCUGGACUCUUUGUGCCAAGAAGAAUCUGAAUCUAAACAAUCUGCUGAUCAGUGAUGGUGAUGCCUUCAAAGUUUGGUGUAUAUUCAAUUUCCUCUCAGAAGACCUGUAUCCCUUGGUCAUAGUCCCAGAGGAGAUUGAAUACUUCCUUCAAAAGCUGACUGAAGCAAUGGGAGUUAACUGGCAACAAGAACAAUUUGAGGAAUACAAGGAGCAGCUUGGUGCAAAGCAAUACGGCCUUUCUGUGUGGGGGUUCAUCGAGUUGGUUGGCUCUGGGCUUUUCUCUAAAGGCAUGAACAGACAGACCCUGUCCAUGGCAAUUGAUGAAGUUUACCAUGAGCUUAUCCUAGAUGUCAUGAAACAGGGUUACAUGUGGAAAAAAGGGCACAAAAGGAAGAACUGGACCGAGCGCUGGUUUGUGUUGAAACCUGAUGUCAUUUCAUAUUACGUCAGCGAAGAUCUAAAGGAGAAGAAAGGCGAUAUCGUAUUGAGCACUGACUGCUACGUAGAGUCCUUACCGGAUAAAGAUGGAAAGAAAUGUCUGUUGCUGGUAAAGUGCUCAGAUAAGUCUUUUGAGAUCAGCGCACCAGAUAAAAAGAAAAAGCAAGAAUGGAUCCAAGGCAUUCAAACAGCUAUCAACCUGGUGAGAGACAGCAGGCUCCCGCCCCACAAGGAAGGACAGCUGAAACGGCGAGGCCAGCGACAGAGACUGCAGGCCGAACAGGAGGAGAUCGAGCGGAGGAUGAAGGAGCUGCAAAUGGCCAAUGAAGAUAAACAAGUCGAGCUGGAGAAAAUGCGCAUGGAGCUGGAGUUCUCGGCUAGCAAGGCUGCACAGGAGGAGAAGAGACGCCUGCAGUCACAAAUGCAACUUCAGGAUCGUUUCAGGCAGGAACUGGAGAAGGAGAAAAUGGUUAGAGAGCAGAUGGAGAAGCAGGUAGCCCAGAAGUCCACUGAACUGGAACAGCACCUGCAACGAGUGCGUGAGCUGGAAGAAAUGUACAAGAAGCUUGAGGAAGCUCUGGAGGAUGAGAGGCAGGCAAGACAGGAUGAGGAAAUGAUCCGAAAACUGCAGGCCAGGUUACUGGAAGAGGAGUGUGCUAAACGAGCGGAUCUGGAGAGAUUGCAUUUGCAGCAGCAACAAGCCAUACAGAUGACAGAAGCAGAAAAGCAGGAGCUGGAAAAGCAGCGAGCAAAAAAAGAUCUUGAACUGAAGAUAGCCAUGGAGCAAUUGGAGCAGCUGGCACUGGAGAGAGUGCAAGUGCUUGAGCAAUACGAUGAAAUAUCAAAAAAAUUGGAGCUGGCAGCUAACAAGGCCAAGAACUGGAAGGACAAAGUGGCCCAACACGAAGGAUUGCUGCGACUUAUACAGCCAGGUUCAAAGAACCGUCAGCUGAUCACCAAUUGGGGACCGGCUGCUUUUACAGAUGCUGAGUUGACCUUGCGGGAAAAGAAUUGGCAGCAACAGAAAAAUGCUGCCACACAGUGAACCACCCACUUCACCAGUAUUCGAAGUGUUAAGAAUGGUCUUUAACUACAGAAUGGUCUUCAAUACUGGUCACACACUCUCAAUGUUCUGGACUUGUUCAACGUGGAGGCAGAACUGAUCUGAAACUGUUAUACAAAGAAUUAUUUUAUGCUAAAAUAUUAAUAUUCUGGGUCCAAACAUUCCUUGAGACUAAUUGUUGAUUUUUGCUUUGAUGAGAAGCUAUGUGUUAGAUAUUUAGUAAAUCUUGACCUCUUCAUUUCGAAUUUUACUUCUAAUGCUCCACAGUUCUGUGUUUUAGUUUUGUCCUGUGUUGCAGUAUUAUUUACUAUUAUGCAUUCCUGAUUUUUGACCCACGAAGUGACUGAGGAGGUUUUGCAGAUUCGCCAUCUAAUGGGAUGGACUUUGGAUUAAGUUAUCCAACGUUAUUCACAGCAUCAUUCCUGACAUGUCUUGCAGUCUUCACCGUUCAUGUGAGACUGAGAGGGAACCAACUAAGUUGACAGGAUAUUUCUAGAAUGCAAUGGUGAAUGGGGUGACUCGUGUAACUUUUCAGCUUCUGGUGGGAUUGGGGUUAAGGAGGAUUUUGAUUUUUUUCCUAUAACUUGCUUGGGUGCUUGUUCUGUCUCAUGACUGUUAGAACUGAUAUCUUUGCUGCCCUAAUGAGUACUAUCAGCCUACGGACCUCGAAUUGCACAACAGUUGGUUUGGUUUUACUAUAUCCAAUUUUGGUCCUUGGUGGUUUUGUUCAUAUCAUAAAUUCUUGUAAAUCAUUGAUAAUCUCAGCAGAAUUUCUGUUCAUUUAGGGGUGGGGGUGGGGGAGACAUUUCCCUGUAGUCUUUCUUCUUUGGAAAUCUAAUCUUAUACAACUUUCUGAAUUGCAUGCUGGCUAGACUCACUCACUGAGCUCGCACCUCUACCACCAACAUUAGACACGUUGGUAAGUAAAUUUUUUUAUUGCUAAUUUUUGAAAUGUGUUUUUAAUAUAUUUGAUUUGAGGAUUUUAGUUUUUUUUCAUAUUGAAUUUUUUUUUAUGGAUCUUUUGUGCAAUUAGCCUAGAAUUUGGAUCAACUCUUAAAAAUGAUAUUCAGAUGAAAACCGUUUUAUAAACCAUUAUUAGAGCACUACUUUGUGUCUGCUGUCAGUGAGGCAGACAGACUAAUUUGAGACUUUGUUGAGCAUAAUUAGUUUUGGGAAAGUGAGGAGAGACUGAGACCUGGAACAUGUGCUGUUUAAAACACAGGCAUUUUUUCAUUACCAAAUGUUUAGAGUAUUCUGAGAAUUCAACAACAGAGCAAUCACAACAAACUGCGUUUAUAUCGCACCUUUCAUGUCAUGUCCAGGAGGACGUCCCAAGGCACUGAAAUUCCUUAAGGUUUAAUACAAAGCUGUGGUUUUAAGUAGUGCAAGUUAAAGGUCAAUAUUUUAGUGCUCAGAAUUACUGUGAAAAGAACAAACGUCAAUCUGGAAGUAUUAAUAGCAAUAAUACUGGAGCAAAAUAAUUUUCAGAAAUAGUUGCAUGCUGGAGGCUUGCCAUAAACUUGGAAGCUUGUUCACGCAGCUGGGUCCCAACAAGUUCAGAAUAGUGUAUAGCUAUGGUGGUGUGUGUCUGGGGGCUUUCCUUCAGAAAUUCUUUGUAGCUAAAAUUAACAAUGAUCCUGUUUUUAGAGUAUAGAGAUAAAAAAUGACUACUAAUUUUUAAAAAGGUAAAAUGUUGACUUGUUAUGUUUUAACUUUAUAUUUUCUACAGAAGUUCAUGUAACUCUGGUGUCCGAUGAUUGAAUAAUUCUUGACUUGAUAUAGAUUCUCUUUGGUUAGAACUGGUAUUCAAUUGUUACCGUUUUGGUAGUACAGUAAUUAUAGUUUCUAAACCAGCUGAGAUCAUUAUUCCUCUAAAUGAUGACAUUCAUAGUAUUUAGAAUGUGAUCCGUGUGUAGAGAUUUACCCGAAGUGCCAAACUUAUCAAUAAGGCUGGUUUUCUCUAGCAUCUAUCAUUUCACUGUUAAGCAAUUCACCUGUUGUUUCUGUGUAUACCCCUAACUACAGAUAGCGUUGAGUUGUGCAAGUGUUAUUGAACAUGCAUUGAUACAUUGUUUAGUACCUAUUUAAAAAUAAAUGAGAAUUUUAAAUAUUCA